CUAGCCAGCACAGUAUCAUUGGCUCAUUGUUACACUAUCCAGUACGCAAUCUGCAUACAGCACUAUCUGCAGAGACAGAUUUGCGAUGAAGAAAAAGAAAAUAAAUUAUGAUUUAAAAAGUAUCAUUCCCAUUCUCUUUCUCUUCCGGUUCAAUCCAAUUUUCAGUUUUUACAUUACUGAACUCUAUCGAAAACAGUUAUGGUAAAACUCAGACAUUCUCGUGUGGGACUUCCUAAACCAUUGCUAUCAACUUCAGGGAGAUUGAUCAUCCUCACCUUGUUUGUGACCUUCACAAUCCUCAUUCUCAUUCUCUUAGCAUUCAACUACCGCAGCUCCAUCUCUCGCAAUGCACUCAGAAGUAAAGAUGGUGCCGGAGAGCGUUGGGUUGAAACCAUAUCGUGGGAACCUAGAGCGUUUUUGUAUCAUCAUUUUCUGACAAAGGAGGAAUGUGAACAUCUAAUCAAUAUAGCAAAGCCAAGUAUGCAUAAGUCAGUUGUUGUUGAUGCUAAAACAGGAAAGAGUGUGCUCAGCAGUAUACGAACAAGCUCCGGAACUUUUCUCAAGAGAGGAGCUGAUAAAAUUGUAAGGAAUAUUGAGAAAAGAAUAGCUGAUUUUACUUUUAUACCUGUAGAGCACGGUGAAGGCCUGCAAAUUCUCCACUAUGAAGUUGGACAAAAGUAUGUACCUCAUUUGGAUUACUUUAAAGAUGAGUAUAAUACUCGUAAUGGGGGAAACCGUAUAGCAACAAUGCUGAUGUACCUCUCAGAUGUUGAAGAAGGAGGUGAGACGGUGUUCCCAUAUGCCAAGGGAAAUUUUAGCUCAGUGCCUUGGUGGAAUGAACUUUCUGAUUGUGGAAAAAAAGGAAUUUCUAUUAAGCCAAAGAUGGGUGAUGCUAUAUUUUUCUGGAGCAUGAAGCCUAAUGCAACUUUAGAUAUAUCAAGUUUACACGGAGCAUGUCCUGUGAUCAAGGGUGAUAAGUGGUCAUGUGUCAAAUGGAUGCGGGCUAAUCAAUACAAAACCUAAAUAUAUAUAGUAUUACUUUUAUGGUUACACAACAGUUGUCAAUGUUUUACAUUAUUGCUAACCCGAGUCUGAUAUGAAUCAGCUGACAGAAUAUUUACAUGCAGUUGUAUAUAAAAAGUCAUAAAAAUUGAAAUAUCUUCUCAAAUUUAUGCUUUUAUUUUCACUAUCAUGUUUAUUAAAUUCUAUUGUUUAUUAA